UGAAAAAAAAUAAUUUUCCAAGAAAAUAUGUAUGAAAACAAUAUACCGGAGUAAUUUUUUGGACAAGACAAACUCAAUUGUCUAUAAUCAUCAUAAAUAUAAUUGACAUUACAUGCCAACAAAUUGCACAACUAGACAAUCCUUCCUAGAUGAAAGGGCAUUUAAUUUUCAUAUUUGGGCAUAGGAAAGAUUUUCAUCUACUCAAUAGACAAGAGUUUUCCAAUAAUUUAUUCCCUCCCAUUGGACUACUAAACCCAGGAAAUUGUUUUCUUGAUAGUCAUUUCAUAUGUCUAUAUCUAGUAAUUUUUGAAUGUUUUAGAAAAAGUCAACAUGUCAAUCAUAAAAGAACCGAUGGAGUAAUAACUUAGGAUGUUGUGACUUGAGAGCGUAUGUACUUCAAAACCACUCGAGUGAUUUGGAUGAGUGUGGUUCCAAAUGUGUCAUGUGAGCCUAUAGCCUAUGUCUUCUGCUGUCUUUUCUGCCAACAUAUGAAUUUGACUUUCAUUUUGCCUUGUGUAUUUCUUUUAAUUACUGUGAUUAAUUUCAAUUAAGAGAAUUAAAAACAAAAUCUUCCUGAAACAUGGGAGUUACUUUGUCACCAUUUCUCCUCUUGCAGUUACCCCAAAGAUUCGGACAAAAUCAUGCUUGCCAAGCAAACGGGACUUACCAGAAGCCAGGUUUCGAACUGGUUCAUAAAUGCUCGAGUUCGACUAUGGAAGCCAAUGGUUGAGGAAAUGUACACUGAAGAAAUGAAAGGCCAAGAGAAACAACAACAACAAGGCGGCAAAGAAGAAACCAAUAAUAAUAAUAAUAAGGGAACAAAGAGAAACGGAGGCGGCGGCGGCGGGCCGACGGAGAAGCCCAUGACAGAUGGCAAUAAUUCCCCUACCGCCGAUAAUAUCUCCUCCACUUCCCUUCAACCACCAGCACAAGGCGGCAGCGGCGGCGGCGGUUUCUCCUUCAUCAACACACUAAACAUGGAAAACAACAACAACAAUAACAAUUCAGGUGAUGAUCGGAUGGUCAUGAGGAAUUGCGGGAAGAAGCCCCGAAACGACGCGCAAAGCUCGCCGCGGAGCAGCAUCGUUUCGGUGGACAUGGACGACAUGAAGUCGCCGCACUCCAGCGGCGGCGGCGGUGGUGGAGGGUACAGUAACAGGGCGGCCGCCGCAGGGAACUUUCCCGACCUCCUGGCGGCGGCCGCCAGCACCAGCGGGUUCGGGGGGUUCCCCAUUGGGGACUUCGGGAGGCCGUUCAGCCCGGAGAACCUGGCGGCGCCCGGGUUUCACGGAGGUCACAAUAAUAAUAAUAAUGGGAGUGUGUCCCUCACUCUUGGCCUGCCGCCCUCCGAGAACCAGCAGAAUUACCUUUCUACCCAUCAAGACAUGGAGCUAGGGAGGAGAAUGGAGAUGGGCAGAAUGGGAAUAGAGAGCAGUAACAACAACAGUGGGGGUUAUGAAAGCAUAGACUUUGAGAGUGCUGGAAAGAGAUUUGCUGCUCAACUCUUACCAGAUUUUGUAGCAUGAGCCAAUGGAUUAAUGGGUUCAUCAAAAAGCCACUUUAUAGGUUAUCAAAAUAUAUGAAAAGAUAUAUACAUAUAUGUAAUGAUGGGCAUGCACAGAAUUAUACGGAGUACUCCGUACUCGUAUAUACACAUACUCCUAUUUUUAAAUUAUGAUUGUUGGAAAUUAACAUUUUAGAUCGUG